UACUCUGUAUCUUAGAAAGCUUUGUAAACUCCGUUCAGCUCGAAGAACCCAACAAAGAAGCUCUUGUCCCUCUCUAUCUUGAUCAUCGACACUCUAUCUCUUUUCUCUCCCCCCAUAUCAAGUUCUCAUUCUACAAUGGCUUCGCUUGCUCUUUCUUCAAUCUCUCUGCAGAAGGUUAGUACCGGCGCGUCCCACUCCUUUCGGAAUUCGAGCUCUCUCUGUUUCCCCGGCUCCAAUCAUGGAAUUCGACGAUUCGGCACCAAGAAUUGGGAGAAAUGUAGGGUUGUCAUGAACGUCUCGGUUGGAUCUCGCACUGCUGUUGAUGACGCGGUUUUCUCCGAUUACAAGGCGACAUCAGCGUUUCUCUUCCCGGGCCAGGGUGCUCAAGCUGUUGGAAUGGGUCGGGAAGCUCAAAAUGUACCUGCUGCAGCAGAGUUAUACAAGAAAGCUAAUGAUAUCCUAGGGUUUGACCUUUUGGAUGCGUGCCUUAAUGGACCUAAAGAAAAGUUGGAUUCAACUGUAUUAAGCCAGCCAGCUAUUUACGUCACCAGCCUAGCCGCUGUAGAGCUGCUCAGAGUUCGCGAUGGUGGUCAACAAAUAAUUGAUUCUGUUGAUGUCACUUGUGGGUUAAGCUUAGGAGAGUAUACCGCCCUAGCAUUUGCCGGAGCUUUCAGCUUUGAGGAUGGGCUAAAGCUAGUCAAGCUACGAGGUGAAGCAAUGCAGGAAGCUUCUGAUGCUGCAAAAAGUGCCAUGGUCAGUAUCAUAGGAUUGGAUUCAGAUAAGGUCCAGCAGCUUUGUGAUGCAGCAAACGAAGAUGUUGAUGAAGCUAAUAAAGUCCAGAUUGCAAAUUUCCUUUGCCCAGGUAAUUAUGCUGUUUCUGGAGGAGUUAAAGGAGUGGAAGCAGUAGAAGCAAAGGCAAAAUCGUUCAAGGCCCGAAUGACGGUGCGUCUAGCUGUAGCUGGGGCUUUCCACACAAGUUUUAUGCAACCAGCUGUGUCAAGAUUGGAAGUGGCAUUGUCAGCGACAGAAAUAAGAAUCCCCAGAAUACCCGUUAUAUCGAAUGUGGAUGCCCAACCACAUUCGGAUCCAGAGACAAUUAAGAAGAUAUUGGCUCGUCAGGUCACAUCCCCUGUCCUUUGGGAGAAAACUGUUAAGACACUCUUUGACAGAGGCCUCAAGAAGAGCUAUGAAUUAGGACCUGGAAAGGUCAUAUCUGGGAUUCUCAAGAGAAUAGACAAGAAAUCGGAAAUUGAGAACAUUAGCGCAUGAAACUAUGCCUCCUAGCAUCCUAACACAAGAACAGAUCCGUUUUGUUUUGUUUUAUUUAUUGUAUUUUAUUUUGGUGCUCAAGUUGUUUGUUAAUGAGAGGUGAAAUCAGUCGACAAUAAUGUAUGUACUCUUCUUACUUUGAGUGUUCUAACUCUUUGAGUUAUGAACAUUGAAAAAUAUCCAUUUUCCCCA